AUAGUUGUUUUGCAAUGGUGGGCGGUGUAGCAACUAACUGUAACUGCGACUAUGUUUGUUUGCGCAGCGUCCAGCGAGGUGACGAAGCUUCAGCAGCACUUGGCGCUGCUGAAGGAGGAGUACAGUAAGCUGCAGAGUCACUGUGCAGAGGUGGAGCGCAAGUAUACACUUGCUGCCGCAUCGGCCGGUGACUUGAGCGAGACGAGUUUCGUCGCGCGGCUGCUUAUGACCGUAGCGACACUCUACGGAAGAGAAACCUAUUCGGACAUAAAAAUAAAGCUUCAGAACAAGUCUAUGCCAGGUCAUAAGUUUGUCUUAUGUGCCCGGUCUGAUGAUUGGAAUGAAGAAGCAUUAAAAAACCUGGAGGAAUUGGACUGGUCAGUGCUCCCUGAUGAUGUUGGUGCAGCCCUGCUCAAAUGGUUGUACACUGAUGUGGUGGACCUGACUCGGGGAGACAUGUUUGCGCUUCAGCUCAUGAAGUCUGCGGCAAACUUCAAGCUUAACGGUUUGGUGGGGAAGUGUGAGCAGGCCCUAAUUGCCAGUGUGGGAGUCAGGACUUGUGUAAAGUUCUACUCUGCCGCUGACGAGAUUGGAGCAUCUGCUCUCAAAGAACAUUGUUCCGGACUUAUUUCUGCUCACUGGGAUGAUCUCACAGGUGAAGACUUUGCUCACAUGUCGUCCGCGCUUCUAUACCGCAUGCUGAAGAGCAAGACUCCGCAGCCGCUACACGGAGCCGUCAGGCUGCUGCGGGAGGACGUCGUGUUCCUGUGCCUCGUCGAGAACCACGCCAAUCUAACAGACAUCGUGAACGCCAUGUCUUCUCGCGGGGAGCUCCCCUUGGAGCUCGCUCUCCGCGGCCACAGUACCUCGAUCGCUACCACUCUUCUACAGCACUGCGCUGAUGCUAAUGCCAGGGGCGCUCGUGGCAGGACCUUGCUGCAUCGGUCUAUCGACUCCAGGGACUCCUUCUCCGCUAAAUUCUUGGUGGACAACGGGGCUGACUGUAACCUCACUACCAAAGAGGAAGGCGACACAGCAUUGCACCUCAUAGCUGGAUUGACUGCUAGCUCGUGCGAUGAGGAAAUUAUGGACCAGAUGGCUGAAAUCGCGGAAGCCAUGAUUGAAAAAGGCGCUGAUAUUAAUCGACAAAAUCGGAAAGGAUUCACACCACUACAUCAAGCAGUUAUAGCAAGAAAUCAAAGGAUAUUCGAUCUCCUUCUCAAACAGCCAGCUUUAGACACAAACCUCCGAACGCUAACAGACGAGCAUCCACCCCUAUACUACGCUCUAGUCGACGACAGGCGGGCUUCGAUCUCUUCCAGCGAAACUCUAGUCAUGAACGGGUCUAACCCGUUCGAUACGCCAGUGACCAAUACUGCCGCCUUUACUGAAGACCCGGUGGAGGGAAGAACUGAGAGUAUAGUCGAGAGAGGGUUUGCUGCUAAACUGUUGACGAGAGGAUGCCAAAUGAAUCCAGUUUACUCCGGCUCUGGGGAUAGCUUGCUGCAUAUUCUGGCGCAGGGAUGGUUUGAGGACUCUGCUGUAUUUCUGACGGCGCAUCUAAACGGCGACCUGAACCAUACAAACGAGGCGGGCCUCACAGCGCUACACGCAGCCUGCGCUAACGGCCUCGCGCGACUGACGGCCUCACUGCUUGAACACGGCGCGAGGCCCAACCUGCAGACAUCGUAUGGGGAACAAGAGGAUACUGUUUACAGACAAACUCCUCUCCACCUGGCCGUGCUAAGCAACCACGAAACAGCCGUCCUAGCCAUCCUCGAACACAAGAAACUUAUUGAGAAAGGCGACAUGCCAGCCACUGAUAGAAGCAACGUCAGUCUACUGCCUAACCUCAACUUGAAGAAUUCCGAGGGAGAUACGCCAGUCAGCCUUGCCCUGGCGGAAGGACACAAAAACCUAGUGGCGCCCCUGAUCGAGGCCGGAGCGGACCCGAACGUGCGCAAUGGCAAAGGCUUUACAGUACUGCACCAGGCAAGUGAAGAGGACUCCAAAACCGCCAUCUACUUGCUGGAUCACGGAGCUGAUAUGGAUUCCUUAACGGAAGCCGGCGAAACGCCUCUACAGCUCGCCAUCCAUUGCCGCCUCGGGCUCGUGGUGGAAGCGCUGUGCGUGCGAGGCGUCGACAUGAGCCGCCUCGAUGCCAACGGAGUGCCGCCUCUGUGGGCAGCCCUGGAUUCCGGGCAGGAAGAAGUUGCCAGUAUUCUCGUACGAAAUGGCGCUGAUGCUGACUGUUGGGGACCAGGGCCUGAUGGCUGCUUGCAAACGCUACUACACAAAGCUAUCGAUGAAAACAAGGAAAACCUAGCGACGUUCCUGAUCCGCUCGGGUUGUGACGUGGAGUCGUCUCGCCGCGCCGGCGCCGCGGGUGAAGGCGCUGAUGUGGCUAAUGAAAAGCAGUCGCCGCUGCAUCUGUGCUGCACCUGGGGGCUCACUGAUGUUAUACAGACUCUACUAGAACACGGCGCCAACAUUAAUUCCAAGGACGCGGAAGGCAAGACGCCCCUCCACAUCGCGAUCGAGAACCAGCACGAGGGCAUCAUCUCUCUCCUUCUCUCGCAGCCGGGUAUAGACUUGUCGGCGAGGGACAACAAGGGCGUGUCGCCGUUCGCGGCCGCGCUCACCGCUAGGAAUAAUAAGGCUGCGCAGGCUAUACUUACUAAGAAUCCGUCCGCGGCUGAACAGGUGGACAAGAAAGGGCGGAAUUUCCUCCAUGUGGCCAUACAGAAGUGCGACAUGGAGAGCGUAAUGUUCCUGCUUUCCGUCGAAGUGGACGUCAACUCGCGCAUACAGGACAGCAGCACGCUAGCGCCGCCCUUGCACCUGGCGGCCGCGGUGGGCAACGAAGUGCUGCUUCGAAGUCUGUUGCUAGCUGGCGCGAGGCCCAACGAUCGGGAUGCUCAGAAACGCACGGCUCUCCACGUGGCCGCCAGCGCCGGUCACGCCAACAUCGUCUCGGCUCUUCUGAGCGGCGGCGCCGAGUGCGGCGCGGUCGACGCGGCCGGCGACAACGCGUUACAUGUCUGUGCCCGUGAAGGUCAUGCGGCCGCCGCACGCGCGCUGCUCGCCGACUCUGAUGUUGAUGCGGCUGCUGUUAACCUCAAGGGUCGCAACCCCUUGCACGAGUUGGCCUGGUGCAAGAAGGACAACGCCGCAGCGAUCUGCGAAAUAUUCAUUGAGCUGAUGCCAGACUAUCCCAUCAACAGGACGGACUUGCAGGGCAACACUCCGCUCCUGCUGGCGUAUAUGAACGGGCAGGCGGCGAUGUGCAGGGUGCUGGUGCGCGCCGGCGCGUGUCUGGCUCAGGAGAAUAAAGAUGGCGUUUCUAUAUUUAAUUAUCAGGUGGCGACAAAGCAGCUGCUCCACCGGUUGCUAGACGCGCUGCCAGCGGAGGCGCCGUGGGCCGAGAGCGACCUGUGCCAAGAGUGCGGCACAAAGUUCACGCUCACCAUGAGGAAGCACCACUGUCGUCACUGCGGCCGAAUGCUGUGCAACAAAUGUUCGAACCAAGACGUCCCCAUACUGAAGUUCGGUAUGAACAAACCGCAACGAGUGUGCGAGAUAUGCUUCAAAGUUCUCCAAGUGGGUGCCAGUUAGUGCCGCCAUAUUGGCAACAGUGGCGACGAUAUUGAUUGCUAAGGCUUCUACAGACGGUGCAAAAAAUCGCGUGCGAUUUUAUAUAGUCAAUCGGUCUAAUGCUGCAAUUCUGCUGCUUAUCGGUGACGUUUGUAGAGGUCGUAAGACAUAAAGCGUAUGAUUGGAUUCCCACAAGUUUCAUAGUCGAAAUACCCUUUCUUAACCUUUAUUGCUACGGAUUCGCGUAUGCAGCACUCGUAUAAAAAAUACACAGGCGCCAUAAGUGUAGCGAAGUUAUAAACGCAAUAUAUCCACAUUUUUACUACCUACACUUUAAUGUGGUUUUAUGUUAAAGUUGGCCGACGAAAAUAAUACAGUUCCCGAUUUAAUAUUAUAAAGUCCUAACUAGUGUAUAAAUUUUCAUGGCUCGACUGACUCAUUCACUUCAUUUUAGAAGAGCAAAUCUUUAAUUGAACCUUAUUACUUUUAUACUGAGGUCAAACUUAUCAACAACAGGACAGUAGCUGCUGUAUUUAACUGUUUGGUUGAAAUUUGAGUAUCGAGUAGACAAGUACCUACUACUAAUUUCGUACUGAAAAGUAGCAAUACUAUGUUUUGUGUGAAAUACUGUCACAAAAUGAUUUAGAUAGUGGUGAAUGUAGUACUGCCAGUAUUUUUUAUCGAUAUAAGUGAUAUAAUUUGUAUUGCGUUGAUACUACAUUGGUACAUUAUGUGAUAUACAUAUAUGUUUGCAAGUUUUGCAACAAAUUAUUAUGUGGUCAAGAAAUACUUUUCUUUUAUUAUUAUUUUAGCAUUUUCAUCAGUGAUACUCUUAAACUGUCAAGUUGUGUGGAAUAGAUUAAAAAUAUAAAUAAAAUAGUGCCUCAUUGUUGGCAAAUUGUGUUCCAAAUGUAGAUGGAACGCAAUUUCACUAUGCCAAAGUCUGAUAGAGCGUGCUUAUAUUUUCGUUUAGAUUUAAGUUCAAAUUAUUAUACUUAUAGGAAUCAAAAUUGUAACUUUGUAUUUAUGAUGAUAUUGAUAGUGGCAUAAGAUAUGUAGUCAGUAAUUUGACUUACGAAGCUCCAAAAUGAACUUACCGAUAUAAACGUGAAGCAUUUAGCAUUGAUACUUUGUAUUGAGGCUACUGAACCUCACGAGCUUCACGCUAAUUCGCUACCGUGUGAAUGACUUACUUUUUAUGGGUCUCGUUCAUACAAGGUUAUUAGUGCGAGCAAGAUGCAAAGAAAGUAAAAUUACGAAAAAGAAAAUGUCUGUCAAACUCGUGGAAGCCGUAUAGGUUAAUGAAAUGGAGCUCCCUUUAUUGUGUACAUGAAGUCAAUAUACAGAUGUAGUGCGAAAAGGGUUUCCUUCGUAUUUUUCCGGAAACGUUCGUAUUUGUCAUGCUAGUUCAGUCAAUGUCACUACAUCUUGUACUGAGACUGACUGAAAUAGCAUGACACGUUCGUACGUUUCCGUAAUAACGAAAGCAAAUCUUUUCGCACUAUAUCUGUACUGAUUGAUAGUAUAAUACGUAACAUAAGGAACCUCUGGAAGAUAUAUAUGCAUGGUUUGGUUUCACUUCUCUCCACUUAUCGAACGUUGCGCCGUUAAAAACAUUAUUAUUGUAUACAAAGUCAAUUUUUGAUACAUAUUUUAUUUACAUUGUUAGUAAUAAGAUUUUGACACAAUUAAUUUUAUUAUUUCUAGACAUUAUAUUGUUGUGUCCAAUAUUGAAUGCUCUUAUAAUUUCUUUAUAUUUUAAUGUCACUGAUUAAUUAUCUACACAUUCCAAUUUUAGCAUUUUGUGCAAGUAAAACUUGUAUUUUUGGCAAUUAUAUUCUUAUGAACACAGUAGGAUAAGAUAAGGAUAAUAGGAUUUUGUCAGAGGCUGUACUUUGCAAUUACAUAUAUCUUUGACCAUACAUUUAUUUGGCGUCCGAAUGCUUCAGGACAGCUGUUAUUCUACACAUUUAGCUAAUAACAGCUUCUGUGAAGGUCAAAAAUAGACACCUAUAUAGUAAAUUUAUUUAUCUAAGCUAUUGAAUGUGUGCCAUUCUUGAAACUUGCUUUGUUUAAUUUUUAUAGAGCUUCUUAUAUUUUAUCGAAUGAAUUAUUGUUUUCGUCCAAACUAUUAUUGCUGUAAUAAUAAAAUUUUAUAUGCCUUAA